UCUCUUCGACCAACGAGGCUCUGGAAUACUGUUACGGUCCUACUUCAAAACCCGUCCGAUUCAUGUAUAAUCUUGCGUCCUUGCGUCCUUGCGUCUUACACACCACUGAUAUGCAGGCCUUUUCAUAUAACCCACCGAGAGUGGCUGCUUCUUGAUAUGGUGGCCUGGGUGCAUGCAGCUUCUCAUUAAGAAGACCCCUGGUAUUACAUUACAUCCAGCCGAACAAUAUAAUAAGCCUUCUCCUAUCCAAAAAGAAAAUUUUUACAUUAGUCCCCUUUUCCAAUCCUGCAAUGCUCUGCUCCCUUGAUAUUUCCUUGUAACGUAUUCGGAAUAAAGGUAAAGUUUCUUAAUUGCUAAGAAAAGGAUACCAGGUCAACCCCUUACCCAGUGACGAACAGCACAUUAUUAUGGCCUCUAAUCCUCAAGACGCGCCCGCGGGAGGAACGUCGGGGGAUAAUUCGGAGAAAGCCCAACUGCGCAAGCAUUCGGACAAUGAUGUGUCCCGGGCGGAAAUUGAGCAUAGCUCGAGUAAAGAUAAAAUAUCCAACGAUGAUGAGUACAGGCGGCGCUUAGAGGCGUCAGCCAAGCUAGAAAAUCCGCUUGCCGGCCUCACUCCAGAACAGCUGAGCCAUAUGGGCGAGGAGUUCUGCGCGAAGCAUGGCAUCACUGAAGAAGAAGAUAUCAGGGCUUUCCGUCUCGGUGCUAUGAUCUCUGGUAACAUGAAUCAAUUCACCUCCAUCGACGAGCUCACUGAUCGUGAGCGCAAUGUGCUCGAUAGGGAGAUUACGCAUAAAUGGUCCAACCCGAUGAUGCUCUAUGCCGUGGUCGUCGUCUGCUCGCUCUGUGCUGCCGUUCAAGGUAUGGACGAGACGGUCGUGAACGGCGCUCAAUCUAUAUACAGGGUUGACUUCAGCAUCGAUUCCGGGUCUCAGCGAGUCAAUGCUGCGCCUUAUAUAUGUUGCGCCUUCGUCGGCUGCUGGCUCACCGAGCCGAUGAACAAGGUAUUCGGCCGCCGCGGGACUGUAUUCGUGGCUUGCCUGAUAUCUGCUCUCGCAUGCUUCUGGCAGGCUUUCACAAACACUUGGUGGCAUAUGUUCAUUGCUCGUUUCGCUCUUGGGCUCGGUAUUGGUCCUAAAUCGGCUACAACUCCUAUCUUUGCUGCCGAGUGUAGCCCCCCGAAGUUGAGAGGAGCUUUGGUUAUGCAAUGGCAGAUGUGGACUGCUUUUGGUAUCAUGCUUGGAUACGUAAUGGACCUGGCCUUCUUCGGAGUUCCUAAUCUAUCCGGCAUCAUAGGCCUCAACUGGCGUUUGAUGAUGGGAUCUGCACUGAUUCCUGCUGUCAUCGUCUGUGCCAUCGUGUACUUUACCCCCGAGUCGCCUCGAUGGUACCUCACCAAGAACAGGCACAUGGACGCAUACAAGGCAAUUUGUCAGCUCCGGUUCGAAAAGGUUCAAGCGGCGAGAGACCUGUUCUACAUGGACACUCUCCUCCAGGUCGAGAAAGAGACCAUGAACAUAGGCCAGAGCAAAAUCAAGGAGUUCUUGACCAUCCGCCGUAACCGCAAUGCCAUGGUCGCUUCGGAAAUCGUCAUGUUCCUGCAGCAGUUCUGUGGAGUCAACGCGAUUGCUUACUUUUCCACUCAAAUCUUCGUCGACAGCGGUUUCUCCAUCCAGAUAGCCCUGGUGGCAUCGCUUGGGUUCGGCAUCGUCAACUUCCUGUUCGCCCUUCCCGCGUUCUACACCAUCGACACCUUUGGUCGGCGCAAUCUCCUCCUUACCACUUUCCCCCUGAUGGCCAUAUUCUUGUUCUUUACUGGCUUCAGUUUUUACAUUCCAGAAGACAGCACUGCUCAUGUUGCUUGUAUAGCCUUGGGGAUAUACUUGUUCGGCGUGGUCUAUUCCCCUGGUGAAGGGCCCGUACCGUUUACGUACAGCGCCGAGGCAUAUCCCCUGUACAUCCGUCCGAUCGGGAUGUCGCUAGCAACAGCAACGACCUGGUUCUUCAACGCCAUCAUCUCGCUCACCUGGCCGUCGCUGGUGCAGGCCUGGACGACGGCGGGGGCCUUCUCGUGGUACGCGGCCUGGAACGUGGCCGGCUUCUUCCUCGUGCUCUUCUUCGUGCCCGAGACCAAGGAGAAGACGCUCGAGGAGCUCGACGCCGUCUUCAGCGUCCCGCUCCGCACCUUCGCCCGCUACGGCGCCGCCCAGUUCCUCUACUUCUGGGCCCACUACGUCUUCCGCCGCGACGUCCCCGCCCCCAAGGUCCCCUCCGCCAGCGCCGCCGUCGAGUACUCGGAACACCGGUUCUCGCAGGAGAAGACGCACGAUGCGACCGCGCGUGUGUAGAUAAGGUGGCAGGCAGGCAGGCAGGAAAAUAUAUAUAAUUUCCUCACCCUAGGUAUAAAGAGUUGGGGUACUCUUUACAUUCAUUUUCUUUCGCCUUUUAUUCUUUUAUUAUCACUUAUUAGGUACUUGCCUAUAUUCUAUACAUUCUUUAAUCUACCCAACCUACCUACCUCUCUACGAGCUAGGUAGCUGUUUGUCUCUCAUUUCUACAAUCCUGUAACUAUAUGUCGCGGAUACCCAUUUUUUGGAAUUACGGUUAUGGAAAGGAAAACGUGCCUAUGGUUAUGCAUACCUGCUCUACAGAGUAUAGGCAUGUACUAGGUAGGUAGGUAGCUAGCUGCUAGACACGAUAAUGUUUUGGAAUUCCUAUUACCCUUGAUCAAUUACGUACAAUACUAAAUUACCAUAUAUUAGCUAGCCUAGUAUCGACUCUCUACUCCCCCACCC